GUCCAUGGAAACAAAAUAUCAGAAUGAUGAUCAAAUGGAAACAAAAUAUCAGAAUGAUGAUAAAGUUUUAACAAAAAAACAGGAUGGUGAUAUACAAUUAGAGAUAGAGCAAAUAAACAAGACGACCAUGAAGAAGAAAAAAGUAUCACGUGGGAUGCACAUGUUCUCCGUCGUCAUGUUCAUGCUCCGUCGUCGCCGGAGGAGAAAGGCCUUCCACACCGGGUUUUGGCGUCGAGCUGUCGAGACCGUACGUAGAGUCCGUUCAGAAAGCACGAUAAUGCCGUCUUCCAAUUUCAUUAACACGAUUGUUCUACCUCCGGCUCCUCCUCUUCCUUCCACGGAGACAAGAGGAGACGGUGGUGCUGGUGUUGAUGAUGUUGGUGAUUCCGGUGAGCGUUUAACGGAGGCUACCGAGGUUUUCACGGCGGCUUCUUCUUCAUCGUCAUCAGGAAUCUCGGGGUACGGAUCAGCCAUGUCCUUGCGUGACUUGGACUAUCCUUACGACGAUGAUAUCGACGAGGAAGAUGAAUAUUAUAGUGAUGUGGAAGGAGGAGAUGAUAUGAUAGAUGAGAAAGCUGAGGAGUUCAUCGUGAGGUUCUAUGAGCAAAUGAAGAUGCAAAAUCAGGAUUACACUGAUCGAUGCAAAGCCAAAGGGAUUAUGAUGAAUUGAUGAUGAUCUAGUUAUAUAUAUGUUCGUAUCAUAUAUUAUGAUUUACGUCAUAUCAUCAUGCAUGGAGAUGGGGCUUACGUGAGAAUAUGGAUUGAUUAAUUUGGUCAGACGAAGGGAUCAGUCUUCAGGUUUUUUUUUCGUGGUCGAUUUUGUUUUUUGGUAUUAUAAUAAUUUGAUUAACUUCCUAUAAUUUCAUUUUUGUCUUGUAAUUUGUGAUUGUAUCUCAAUUGAUUAAUUAAAAAGUAGGAAGAUGAUAUGUAUAUGUAUGUGUUUGUGGGGGAUAUUAAAUUUUGUUUGCAAUUAAUCAAAGCCUCAUUCAAUAUAUUGUUUUCUGUGUGUGUUUUAUUA